AUGAACGAUGAUGAUUUCAAACUAGAUAUAGAGGAUGAAGAAGUUUAUAAUCUCAAAGAUUUCGAACCCGAUGGUACGGAUUAUCAACAGAAUAAACUUUCGAACUCCCUUGAUCUCAUCUACUCCCUUAUAAGUGAAGAGAUCAAGACCCAUGAAAAGAAUUGUAUAGUUGGGAUCUACCUAAAAACUCAAGAAACCAUCAUUUUGAAACCCAAAGGGAACUUUUUCAGAGAUUUUGGAUAUUCAAAGACUUUGAAUGGUAACAUCUAUGUGUUUCUUAAUAAACUAGAAUCCUUAUAUCUCCUUCAAAGAGGAAACUUGAUCAUAUAUCUUGGUAAUGAAAAAUUUAAUCAUUAUCUCGAUGGCUACAUAAACAAUUUCAACGUUAAUGAAUUGUACAGUUUGAAUUUGCAGCAUUUCUAUAGCUUUUUAUGUAGUUCUGACCUAAAAAAGUAUCAGGUUUUUGCAUAUUUGAAAAGAUUGGGGUACUUGAUUAAAGAAUAUGAUGGUUUAAAGAAUCAUCCACCCCCCAUUUUUCAAAUCGGUGUCCAAGAUAAGUCGAUGUAUCAAGAUAUUUUUACCAAAGGGUUCAGGGAUAAACAUUAUUUCGGAUAUAAAGAGAUUUUCGAAAGACUUAGAGUCAUUCCUAGUGCUCAAAACUUUGAAAGCUUACAGAAGAAUUACGAAAGUGAUUUUGAAAUCCAUUUCAAUGUUUGGAAACCCCGAAAUAAUUUCAGUAAGAAGAACUUACCCGUGCCUGAUUUUAUGAUUUGUAUGGUAGACGAAUUCCCCAAGAUCAAUGAUGUAUAUAGUCUUUUAAAUAAAGUGAUCAAACCAGAAAAAAAGUCAGAUACCAAACCCAAAUCAAAUAAGGUGCAGACCCGAAAUAAUUUGAAAAAGGAUAAGGAAAAAACUGAAAGAGACAAAGAAAGGGAAAGAGAAAGAGAACGAGAUUUCAAGUUAAAGAAUAACGGUAGAAAUGUGAUUUUGGCUAAGGUCGAUAAUGGGGUCAAUUUCAUAAGCUUAUCAGAGAUGGAUUUCGAACUGGUUAGUUUAUAUUGA